AUGAAGUUUUCUAGAUCAACCUCAACUCAUCUCACUAAUCUAUCAUUUAGGUCAAAUAAUCUUAGCGCUGUUUAAACACCCUAAAACAAUUCACGUUUGAGUGAGGUCAAUAAUAAAAUAGAGGAUUUAUUAAAAAAAUCAUCAACUUCUAUUGAGAAUUAAGAAUUCAGGCUCACAUCCCAAGAAAACAAAAUUAAUUAAACAUACAGUUUUUCUCUUAUGGUUUAAUAAAUAUAAAAAGAAAAAAAAUAAUUGCUGACCAUUUUAUUGCAAAAAGAUAGCAUAAUAAGGGAUUAAUAGAAUAAGAUUGCCCAAUUAGAUAUAUAGAAUAAGAAUUUGAUGAAAUAAUUGCUAUAAUUAGCUAAUCUAAAACCAAAAAUUGAACAAUUGGAAGAAGAAUGUUAAUAAAUUAUUAAGUAGAAUGAAUAACUGAAAUAUGAGAAAAAUUAAAUACAAACAUCACUUAAUUAUUUUAAAUGUUAAAAUGUUUAAGUCAUAAGCUAUGAAUUAAAGAAUUCCUUACAACAAUUACAUUAAUAGAUUAAGAAAUAUUACAUAUGCAGUUAUAAGGAAGACUAUUAUAAUUUAGAGUAAAGUAGAAUGACUCUAAAAACAAGUGACUUGGAUUUCUAUACAAUCCUGAGGGAAUGUUUAGAUUGCAUUUUGUUCAUGAUUAAAAACACUGAUCAUUCAAUAGAACUCUAUGUAAAUAGAAAUACUAAAAUUUGA